GCGGGCGACCGGCGCCGGACGCCCGGUGGGCGCUGGCGGCAGCGCUCACAUUUGGCAGGUGUGCCGAGCUCCGCACGCGACGCGCGGCCAAGAAGCCGCCCGGGCCGUCGCCCGGGCCGUUGCCAGCGGCGUUGCGGCAGCAGCUGAAGCAGAAAAGGGCGCGAGAGGCGCCGAGUGAAGAGCUUCUAGCAGGCUGGCUGGCCGUUGAGUCCUGCAGCCAGGAGUCCGCGCUGCAGAACCUCACCGAUUUGGAUGCCAGCCACCUCCAGCGCGUGUCGGCCGGCUGUGCGGAGAGUGCACGCGGCAAGGGUCAGCUCACCUGGGCGCUGAAGAAGGAAGAUCCCAAGGCCUACUUCUCGUACGUGGCAGAGCACCCAGAGGCCUUUGCCCAGCAGCUCCGGGACCGCGACAAGUGGCGGGAGGGCCUGCCGCAGGUGCUGAUGGUGGCGGAGAAGCCUUCGGUGGCGCGGCUGGUGGCGGACUUUCUGAGCAGCGCGCAGCGCCAGAAGCUCCGGGAGCGCCGGGGCCUGUCGCCGGCCUGCCCCGUCCUGGAGUUCCCAGGCACCUUCCCAGCCACAAACCAGCGCUGUGUGAUCACGGUGACCUCGGUGAUUGGGCAUCUGUGUCAGCUGGAGUUUGACGGCCAGCUACCGCAGCAGCUGGAAGGCAUCUACCAGGCGCCGGUGGUGAAGACCUACACAGACAGCGCCCGGAAGGCGAGGGUGGCCGAGCACCUGCAGGAGCUGGCGAAAGGCUCUGAGCACCUAUGCCUCUGGCUGGACGCGGAUCGAGAGGGCGAGAACAUCGGCUUCGAAGUGAUCGCAGUGUGCAAAGAGUGGUUCCCCGACAACUCCCGAGUCCAUCGCGCGAUCUUCUCUGCCCUUACGCAGGAGGAGGUGUGCUCCUCCUUCGAAUCACUGGGCAAGCCUGAUGCGGAUGUGGCGAAAGGAGUAGAUGCUCGUCAGGAGCUUGACUUGCGUGUGGGCAUCUCCUUCAGCCGCCUCCUCACUCGCAAGCUCCGGGACGAGACGAAGGCCCAGUCUGUGACCUACGGCCCCUGCCAAACGCCAGCGCUGGGCUUCUGCGUGGCGCGGCACGGGGAGAUCGAAGGCUUCCAGCCGCGGAAGGUUUGGACGCCCCGGGUGGAGGCAUCGGGCCUCGCCUGGGCGGGUGAAAGCACCGAGAGGCAGGAGGAGGCCACGAAGAUCCGGGCGGCGCUGAGUCGGAGCUCUGAAGCGCCGUUGCAGUUGGAGCAGCGGGAGGAGCGCGUGCCGCGGCCUGUCGGCUUGAACACUGUACAGCUGCUGCGGAGUGCCAGCAACGCGCUGAACCUGGGCCCAAAGCAGGCCAUGAAGCUCGCAGAGGACCUCUACUCCAAGGGCCUCAUCUCCUACCCCCGCACGGAGACCACACGCUACCACGAGACCUUCGACGCCAGCGUGCCGCUGCGGGCGCAGCAGCGGUCGACCCGCUGGGGUCGCAGCGCUGCCAAGGCGCUCGGCGCCUGGAAGGCGCUGAGCCAGGUGCAGAGCCGCCGGGCCCGGGACGUGGGGGACCACCCGCCCAUCGUCCCUCUGCGCCUGCCGCAGCGUGGCGAGCUGCGCGGCCAGGAGAACAAGCUCUACGACUUCGUGUCUCAGCACUUCGUCGCCUCCUGGCUGGGAGAUGCGCGGCUACGACGCCACGAGGCGCGACUUCAGAUUGAUGGCUUCGAGUUCCAGCUGCAGAUCAAUCUGGUGGAGGACAGCGGGUGGCUGGAGGCUAUGCCUUGGCGCCUCAAGGAGCUGUCGCUGGAUGAGGACUCCCAACGUCAGGCGACCAAGCGCCUGGCAGCGCUGCGGCGGAUGGGGAGCUCGGUGCCGCUGCGGCAAGGGCGGCUGCUGGAGAGCCACACGGAAGCCCCCAGGCCUCUGACGGAAGCUGAGCUGGUCGAGAAGAUGGACAAGAACGGGAUUGGCACUGAUGCUUCCAUCCCACAGCAUAUCCAGACCAUCCAGGACCGAGGCUACGUGCAGCUGUGCGAUGGCAACAUGGAGCCCAUUCUGCCACCGCGAUUCGGGCCAGGGCGGCCUAAGCAGCAGAAGAGACAUGCGCCGGGAAGGUACUUGGUGCCCACAGCUCGUGGCCUCGCCCUGGUGGAGGGCCUCAGCGCGCUGGAUGCCUCCCUCUGCCAGCCGGAGGUCCGUGCGCUCAUCGAGCAGCAGUGCGCCCAGGUGGCGAUGCGCCAGCUGGACCAAGAGGAGGUGUUGCGGCGCAACAUCGCGCUCUUCCGAAGCAAGUUCCAGCCUCGUGCCCGGAUGGCGCUGUAG